CUGCUUGGAAGGGACAUUCGCAGGUGUGCCACUCCAAGGUCUCCAGCACAUUUCUUAUGUCUGCCAGCGCUGCCUUGGAUGUCUUGUACGCGUUUCGACAUUGCUUGUACAGGGGACCCAAAGAGCCGCUGUUUUUUCCUAUGGCAUUGUCAGCUCGCUCCUCCAGAGUCUUGAUCCGGUUGCUGAGGGAUAUGGCCCGAUUUUGUCGCUCCUGGGACUUUUGUAUCGAGGCCUUUCCGUCAAAGUGUAGAACCGUGGUUGAUUUGCUAAAGUGCUUUGACAUGAUUUUGUUGAGAUCGUGCACUAUAUGGCCGUAAUUCUGUGACUGCUCUGUUAUUCCAGGUCGGUC